AUGGUUCGAAAUAAUAUCAUUGUUCGCAUCUGUUUUGUGAUAUGCGUUGUAUUUCUAUCUGUGUACUUUCUAUCCUCGCCUUCUAGGCAAGGAGUAGACCCAGGUGGUGAGAAAAACUAUCCUACAUCGGAGCAAGAGAUUUCAAGACGCCGCCGGUUGGCAGAAAAGAAAGCUAUUCAGGAGACGAAAAAGGUGCUGCAGACAACCUUCACGAAUUCAGAAGGAAUACCUGGAACGAACAUAAAGACUAAGGCAGAAGCUGAGGCAUUCCGUGAAAAAUUAGACUGCAUAACUUCAAGGGGUUUCUGGAAGUAUGAUAACACUCCAAGAGAGAUUAUUAAACACAAGCAUGAAGCUAAAUUCAGUAGAUGUGAUCGCGAGCGUGGCGAUAAUUCGGGUAGCGGUUGGAAUGUACGAGAGGAUGUGAAAUACGUCUGGACUACACCGUCAGAAUGUCCGAUGCCCAAGCUUACGCGCACCGAAGUCUGUUCUCUUAUUUCUGGGGUCAGUAUGAUGAUAGUUGGCGAUCUAGUGCAUUGGCAGUUGCAUGAUUUGCUCCUCGACUAUUUCCAUGAUGGACCCACUCAAUGUUAUGGAGAGCAGUUCUGUAAAAAGCAUAUCUUGUGUCAUGACGAUACUAGAAAACAAUCAUCGAUGAAGUUUAUGCGCAAUGAUCUUGUUUCUUCUGUUAGGAAGAAUCCCGUAUUGGAGGCUCAUGGAAAGCCAAAUGGGACGAACGUUGAGUUGACCUAUAUAUUGCUCUCUGCUCACUAUAAUAUGUUUAUAAUCAAUAGAGGGCAUCAUUACCAGGAUGACGCGACGUUUAGGUCUGGACUUGUUGCAACGCUCAAGGAGAUCAGAAAUCGUAGUCCUAAUGCAAUUAUUAUUUAUAAAGCAACUACAAUUGGUCAUCUAGGAUGCAAUGAAGCGGAAAAGCCAUUGGAUAAGCUGCCAACGGAUGCCGAGUUGGAGUCGUUACCGUAUCAUUGGGGAGACAUUCAUAAACAAAAUCUGAUCGCCAAGGAGAUUGUUAAUGCAGCGGGUGGGAUAUUCAUGGAUGUCGAGACGAUGAUGGCAUAUAGGAUAGAUGGGCAUAUCGGAGGACAGGAUUGUUUGCGAUGGUGUAUUCCUGGACCGGCUGAUGUGUGGUUGGACUUGCUAUUUUAUAUAGUGAAGGAAGUGAAGAGUUGA